AUGUUAAAAGAUGGCGAUUCCAUUCCAGAUUACGUAGACAAUUGUCCUGAAAUACCAAAUGCAGAACAGAAAGACAUUGAUCAUGAUGGCAAAGGUGACGAGUGUGAUGACGAUUCUGACGAUGAUGGAAUACUUGAUACUAAAGAUAACUGCCCAUUGGUUAAAAAUCCUUCACAGGAUGAUGUUGACGGAAAUCAUCGCGGUGAUCUGUGUGAGCUUGACCUAGACAUGGACGAGACGAUCGACAGACUGGACAACUGUCCAGAGAAUACGUUCAUCAACAGGACAUCGUUCGUGAGACACACAGUUGUUGACUUCAUCCCAACCUGGACGACAGAACCAGCACCAAUCUGGAGGGUGCUAGACAAUGGGAUGGAGAUAAGACAAGACAGAAAGACAAGGAAAGCUGUAGCUUUGAUAGGCAUGUGUCAGAUAUUUACAUGUACAUUUUAG